GUGUGUGUACAUGUGUCAGUUAAUGCACGUGUCGAUUUGUUUGCAUACUUUAUGGGUGUGCUAAAGUAUGUGCAUGUGUUUCUGUGUGCACAAAUGCAUGUGUGUGUAUCUCUGUGUACGUGUGUGUGUUUGUGUGCACAAAGGUGUUGUGUGUGUGUGUUUUGUAUAAGUGCAUAUUGAGUGUGUUUGUACACUGUGAGUGCGUGUUGAGCAGGUGGGAGGGAAAGGGACUGCCCAGGGCAGCUCUGCCCCCUGAGAGAGCCCCUUCUCUCUUUGUGAUUCAGUCUGUCUCUCUCUCGCACACACAGCACUGCCACAGCCAAGACAUGGACGUUUGUUCUGCUCUUUGAACAAACUCCAAAACCUCUUUCUCUCUCCUUGGAACAACGCAGAAGAGAAGAAGAGAGGGAGGAAGAGGGUGAGAGCGAGAGAGAGAGAGAGAGAGAGAGAGAGAGAGAGAGAGAGUGUGAUCGAGGGAGAGGCUAAGAGAGAGAGAAGGAUCUGAAGAAACUAUUAGUGGCUGGGAGAACUGUGUGAGUGUGAGGGAUACUCUGGGAGUCUGGACGUUGGAGAGGUGCAGAGAGUCUGACAGCUGAACAGGUGAGCCCACCUCAGCACCUCCAGGGAAGCUGUCCGGACCUCCAGGGAAGCUGUAAGGGCCUCCAGGGAAGCUGUCUAGACCUCCAGGGAAGCUGUCUAGACCUCCAGGGAAGCUGUAAGGGCCUCCAGGGAAGCUGUAAGGGCCUCCAGGGAAGCUGUCUAGACCUCCAGGGAAGCUGUCUAGACCUCCAGGGAAGCUGUAAGGGCCUCCAGGGAAGCUGUAAGGGCCUCCAGGGAAGCUGUAAGGGCCUCCAGGGAAGCUGUAAGGGCCUCCAGGGAAGCUGUAAGGGCCUCCAGGGGGAUGCAGAGAGAGCUUUCCCCCAGGGAGGAGUUUAGCUACGCCCAGAUGAUCACCCUGGAGAGGGGGGCCGGAGUGCUGAGCCAGCGGGGGGACUGGGGGUCGGAGGGGGGGUCGGAGGGGGGGUCGGAGGGGGGGCACGGGGGCCGGCCGGAAAGGGACAGCUACACGGUGGAUGUCCGGGCCAGCGACCUGCAGCUCGCCCCGGCCUCGCCUCGCCUCCACCCCUGCCUCCAAUCCUGCCUCAGCUGCCGUGCCUGGCUCUACAGCGUACUCCUGGGGGGCAGUUUGCUGAUCACAGCCGGAUUCUCUCUGUACCUGGGCAAUGUGUUUCCGGUUGCCAUGGACUACCUGCGCUGUGCGGCUGGCUCGAGCCUCCCUGCUGCCGUGGCCUGCUUGGCCAUCGCCCACAACAGACAUGCAGCGGUGUCAGACUUCCUGGUGGUGUAUGUGUCAGCGUUCGCGGUGAGCACCACCUGCCUGGUGUGGUUUGGUUGUAAGCUGGUCUUCAGCCCGUCUGCAGUCAACAUCAACUUCAACCUCCUCCUGAUGAUCGUGUUGGAGGUGCUGAUGGCCAGCACUGUCAUCCUGUCAGCUCGCUCUGCAGACGACUGCUGCGGCCACAGGAAGCUGGUGUAUGACAGGCCUGUGGUUUUGACUCCUGCUGUUUUCCCCACCCGGGUCCUGAAGGCCUACUCUGUGAUCCAGGUGAUCGUGGGGAUCGCUGCCGUGUUCGGAGGGAUCAUCGCUCUCAACAUAGACAUCCUGCUCCCUGGACCCUACCUGUCUGUCACCUUCUUCUGGGUCCUGGUGGCGUGUUUCCCCAGCGCCAUUGCCAGUCAUGUGGUGGCAGAGUACCCCAGCAGAUGUUUGGUGGAGAUGUUGAUAGCCAUCAGUAGUGUCACCUCUCCCCUGCUCUUCUCUGCUGCUGCCUUCCUGUCCUGCAGUGUCCUGAACGUGGUACAGAUCUUCCUGCACGAGGUGCCUGCAGACAAGCAGUCGUACGACAUCCUGCUGGUGAUGCUGAUGGUGUUGCUGCUGGUGCAGGCAGUACUGACUCUGGCCACCGUGCUGCGCUGUGCUUCCUACAAGACCCAGCUCCGCAUGGAGGCUCCCGAGUGGGACGACAACCUGCACACACCACUGUCAGAGCAACAGGCUUCCAACGGAACGCUGCAAGACUUUGACAAAGACAAGGCCUGGAGGGCUGUGGUGGUCCAGAUGGCUCAGUAACAAGAAGAGUAAGAGGAGAGGGAGGAGGAGGAGGAG